GGAAUAGUGAUUGUUUUAAAUAUCACAACGCAAACAACAAUUGUUUAAGAUCAAAACAAUGUGAAAAGUGUGGUAUAAUUUGGAAUAUUAGGAAUCUCCACAAAGACCCUUCUAAAAAACACAGUUGCGGACAUAAAUGGUGUUUUAAUUGUUUGCAAUAUCAUAGUUCAGAAAGGGGGUGUUUUAUAAGUCCUCUUAAAGAAAAGAAGAAAACAUCAUAUAGGCUAGUUACAUUCGAUUUUGAAUCCACUCAGCAUACAACACAUCCAGAACAACAAACCUACAGACUUCAUAAUGUAAACUUCGUAGCAGCAACUAUAACUUGUACAAAAUGCAUGGAGUCUGAACAACAGUGGAAAUCAUUUCUUAAACUGAAAAAUAAAAUUUGCAAUAUUUGCGGUAAAAAUAGAAAUAUUACUUUUUCAACACGUGCAUUUUACCAAUCAAAAGUAGAUGAACAAAGAAUAACAAAUGAUCCUCUACGUGAUUUUGUCAACUGGAUAUUAUUUGAACUUGACAGAAAUUAUACAACUAUAGCUUUUUCUCAUUUUGGCGGAAGGUAUGACAUGAUUAUGACUUUCCGAGAAAUAUUCAUGAAAGGAAUUGUUCCAGCAAUGAUUAGAAGAGGAAAUAAACUUUAUGAACUUAGAGUACAGAAAACACACAGAUGUUGCGAAAUCAUAUUUCGUGAUUCUCUCAUUUCUCGAAAUAAGUAAACAAAAGAAUGACAACAAAUCUUAUGGCAUUGAUAUACUUCAAGAUGCAAUGACAAUAGCUUCAGCUUGUAUGAAGCAUUUUCGUUUGAAUCAUUUAAAACCAGACCAAUUAGCGAUUGUUCCAGAAAAAGGGUACGACACCUGUGACAACCAAAGCGAAAUAGCCAUGAAAUAUCUUGAUUGGUAUGCAGAAAAGAACAAUGUAGAAAUACGAACAUCUCACUCCGAAGGUGGUGAGCACACUGUAGCCGGAAGAUAUAAGGUUGAUGGAUAUAUAGAAAUGGAAGAUAGGGCAAUCGAAGUGCAUGGAUGCGUUUGGCAUGCUUGCCCUAGGCACUACGGUAGUAGACCAGAUUUUGUUCUACCAAAUGGUAAAACAGUAGAGGUAGUACGAAAAGAAGAUGCUGCUAGAUUGGAAAUUCUUAGAAAACAUGUUAAACAUGUUGAUGUUAUCUGGGAAUGCGAGAUUAAAGAAAUGUUAAGAAGAAAUAGGAAAAUGAGAAGAAGUUU